CUGUGAAUGAAUGGCAUUGUUUGCUUGGCCAUGCCUCCUCUGCUGCUCGCUCUUUUUCAUACCCACUGGCUCAACCUCAACACACAGCAUCUGUGCUCGGCACCGCACGACGCUCCCUCCAUGACCUCGGAGGAAUAAGCGGUCGCAUUGUUCACGCAAGAGCUUUAUGAUUAACAUUUUCAGAGUUUUCCCUCUCAGCAUUUUUGUUUCCCCCCUUCCACUUUGUUUAAACUGGGCCUUGGUUGUUUUCUCAUAUCUUGGCAGCCAUGUUUCAUCAUCUGUGUGUGUGUGUGUGUGAGAAAGAGAGGGAGAGAGAAGACCCGACAUGAAUUGAAAAGAAUUGAACAAAUAUUUGUAUUGUAAGCCUCCUAGUGUUACACUCGUCAAUCAGCAGCGUAGGGUUUUAGCGAGAGUGAAAUGGAGACGAGUGUUCUUGGGUUAACAGCUUCUGCUCUCCAGAAGUCUCCAGCAGGCAGCCGAGUGGACACCUGUCAGUGGGGCAAAAGGGCACUGCUGUUCAGUUUUACUGCUGUGUGUGAGCCUCAUGUUUGCGUACGAAGAACAUUUUGCGACUAGAUAUAUCCGUGAAUUCUCAGUGUUUUUAUUAUUGCGUAAUUUAUGUUUGAAAGGCGCCUUGUUCAUAGCCACGAUCAUAGCGUUCCCUUCAUUAUUACAAGAGGAUGGGUCUCUCGAUGGUGUGAAAGCCGUUUAUAUCAACCGAAAUGGUUUCUACGCUGCUGAAAAAAGAAAAAAAUAUUUUCGUUUUGCAUUCGCCCACCCAUCUUAAACGGGCCCAUGCACCCUCGUCCUCUGGUGGCGCUCCUGGACGGCCGGGACUGCACAGUGGAGAUGCCCAUCCUGAAGGACGUGGCCACCGUGGCCUUUUGUGAUGCUCAGUCCACUCAGGAGAUCCAUGAAAAGGUUCUUAACGAGGCUGUAGCUGCGUUACUGUAUCACACCAUCUCACUGUCACGAGACGACCUCGACAAAUUCAAAGGGCUUCGUGUCAUCGUGAGGAUCGGCAGCGGAUUCGACAACGUGGACGUUAAAGCUGCAGCAGAGCUCGGUAUCGCAGUGUGUAAUGUGCCGGCUGCGUCUGUGGAGGAGACGGCAGACACUUCCAUGUGCUUGAUCCUGAACCUGUACCGCCGGGUCACCUGGAUGCACCAGGCCCUGCGCGAGGGCACUAGAGCAUCCAGCGUUGAGCAAAUCAGAGAGGUAGCAGGAGGAGCCGCUCGCAUUCGAGGGGAGACGCUAGGCAUCAUUGGCCUUGGACGUGUUGGCCAAGCAGUGGCUUUGAGAGCAAAGGCGUUUGGUUUUGGGGUGAUUUUCUACGACCCGUAUUUGCCUGAGGGAGUAGAAAAAUCCCUGGGGCUCCAGCGCAUGGCCACGCUGCAGGAUCUGCUCAUCCACUCAGACUGUGUGUCCCUGCACUGCAGCCUGAAUGAACACAACCACCACCUCAUCAAUGACUUUACUAUCAAACAGAUGCGUCAGGGUGCGUUCCUGGUGAACACUGCACGAGGCGGACUGGUGGAUGAGAAAGCUCUGGCUCAGGCACUGAAAGAGGGCAGAAUACGUGGCGCAGCUCUCGACGUCCACGAGACGGAGCCAUUUAGCUUCUCACAGGGACCUCUAAAGGAUGCCCCUAAUCUGAUCUGCACACCCCACACAUCCUGGUACAGUGAGCAGGCCUCCAUUGAGGCGAGGGAGGAGGCAGCGCGGGAAGUACGCAGAGCCAUCACAGGUCGUAUUCCUGACAGUCUGAAGAACUGUGUGAAUAAGGAGUAUCUGAUGGCAGCUUCCCAGUGGCCCUCUAUCGAGACCGCCUCUGUGCACUCUGAACUCAACGGAGCAGGAUACAGGUUUCCGGCCGGUCUGAUUGGUGUAACCCCGGGAGCUCUGCCUGGUGCGGGGGCAGGAGUAGAGGCCAUGGUGGCAGGCACGCUGCCCCUAGCCCAUCCCCUCGCCCCGGUCUCACACCCACCACACACCCCCUCACCCGGGCAGCCAACCAAGGCAGAGGCUGACAGAGACGUCCCUUCUGACCAAUAGCAUCCCAACACAUUCCAUCGUUGCCCCAGUGAUGCCCUUUCCCCCUUUUUCUAGGGCUGAAUCCAUGCCGAUGCCCUGCUUUUUUGACGUAACACCCGGGUCAACCCAGUCUAACAGAACACACAAGUCCAGACCUGACCCACUCAAAAAAAAACAAAAAAACAUUUCCCCCCAACUUCUCCUUCCCUUCCUUUGUUGUCGUAUCCGUUUAUUUUUCCACCUGUGCAGCAAGCAAUAACUCUUUUUCUCAAGGAUUCAGUAAUUGGGUUGUUUUUUGUUAGUAUUAGAAAACCCCUUUUUAUUUUUUAAUGCCUUUUUUGAAUCUGGACUAGUUGGAGUUUGUUUCUGAGUAGUGUGUCUUCUACUUGCCUUCUGUCUGUCCAGCUGAUUUAGCAUUAUAGUAAAGAACACAUGAACUGUUCUUUUAUUUCAGUCUCCCUCGCAUAUAUUUGUGACCCCUCCCCCUUUUUUCUUUAUUAAAAAAAAAAAAGAAAAAAAAAAAGUAUCGUGUUCACCCUCGAAGCAACGUGGAAAAACUGGCUCAAGUCAAUGAAUUUCUUUCUGACCACAAUUCCAACGGACAGCUAACGGUAGCCACACCUUUCACCGAACAGGAUCGGAACGAUAAGAGAAACGAUGUGUCAUCUGUCCGUGCCUGACAGUAACUCAGUGGCGAUCUUGGACACUUUGGGUUCCACUUCUCCCUUCAUGUUGAGGACAUCGUGUGUGCAUCGUGUCCACCCUCUCCUUCUGAAAGACUGAGGGAGGACAAACUCUCAUUUCCUGUAAAGCUUGUUGGGUAUCUGUUCAGUCAUAUGCUUCACUGUAUCAAUAAUGUAUGGAUAAAUGACAUGUAGGUCUCUGUAAGAGCAUCAUAAAUAUGACCUUUGUGUACAGCUUUUUACUGACGUCUGAUCACUUUUCCACCUCCGCAGAGUGAAAUCUCCUAGACUUUCAGUGUAGAUGUAUGAAAUCUCUAUUUUGUGUGUUGUACAUCUCUGAACUUCACAAUGAUUUAUGAUUCUCUUAUAAAGACCGUGUGAUUGGGAAUAUUCACUAAAGCUGUGUCUUUACACUUUACUUUUGAACUUUAUACAAACCUAGGGGAAAGAAAUGGAAGCACAUUUUCAGGUGUCUUAAGAGGCAGUGUUCGACAUGCAGCUUUUCGCAUUACGUUACGCAUCAUGAUACUUUGCUCCUUUCCUUUUUCAGGUGGGAUUUUGUUAUUAUUAUUAUUAUUAUUAUUAUUAUUAUUAUUUUGGGACUCCUGCUCUCUUCUAAAACAUACACAUAUCCUUCACCUUGAUAUGCCUAGCUCCUUUUGUUUUUUCUUAUCUUUCCAUACUUCCUGGAUGUGCCUCCCUGGGUGGUUCAGCUUUUUCACUAUGACCUUUGGUUCAUGAUUGUGUUUAUCUCCCGUUAGUCCUUCCUUCUGCUCCUGCUCUUCCCAUGACAUCACUGUGUAAGUAAGGAGUCAGGCUGCUCUCACCCUGCCACUGAUGAUAGAUCUCCUAUGUACACACACACACACACACACAUGCUUGCAUAUAUUCAUCUGAAUAGCUCCAUGAGUUUGCAGACAUGCAAUCAUCCUGGGUAGUGUUUAUGUAUUUAUUUUUCCUCCCUUUUUUUUUUUUUUGUACACUGAUUUCUGUAGUAAAGUGAUACAGCCAUUAGGGGUCAGUGACAGUGUGUUUCUGAGUCCAAUCCUAUCUCAGCGUUUUAUUUCAUAGUAUCUGCUCCGCUUCAGCUGUGCGGCAGUCCUUACUCGGAAGUGAUCGGUGCUUUUUGUCAAAUAAGGCGUUGUGCUUUUAGAGAGGGAGGCAGGCUGCAUCACUCCCGUCGGCAGACCGUGUGGCUGACUUCCAAAGAUUCAGAACGGAGCUGUGGCAGACAGGCAGGCAAUCUGUCCCUUUAUCAGUGAGAAGUGCAAACUUCAAGACAACCACACAGAUCUUACCAGUGUUAGCUGUUUAUUUUAUUUUUCUCUUCCUGUUUUCUUAAACCCGACUUUGUACCCAGCACAAGCAGCGCAGUAGGGUUUGGGGUGAGCGUUCGGAUGGAGCCGGUUUGCUGACACACCAGUCGUUUUCCAAAGUUAGGGGUACAAUCAUCCCCUCAAGACGAGUCUCUUGUAUGAAAAGUGUUCUGCGUCAAGGGAAACCCGUUUCUAGUACCUCAGUAACAGAUAUUGAAUGUAUGAUCAACUUCUUUUUCUUUGUACAGCUUCUUUUUAUAGAUUGUACUUUUAAAAACCCAUAUUGUGGAUGUGCGAGAGCUUAUCUAACACAUCUAACAAGGAUAUAUAUGCCCCUCAUUAGAAGUCAAUUUCUGUAGCAUAGGCUAGCAUUUAAAUGUUAUUUUAGAGUUCCAAUCGCAGGCUUUCGUUUUAGAGCUUUCCCCGUCUUUUGGCUCUUUAUGAACGAGCACAAAUUCGCGUCGCCAUUCAUUUAUUGUAGGGAGCGUGUAUGUACCAGUGAGGUGGAAGAUUGGAUUCGGAGUCUCGAAUAAGCUAGGUGAUGGUCCGUAGGUGAAAUAAACUCGAACGGAACAUUUCUUUUUGCAUAGAUGUUCGCUGCGGUGAGGAUUUGGCCUAAUCCUGAUUUGAAAUUGCUGUUUAUUCUUAAAAAAUCCAACAGGACUAAACUAGUUUUUGUCUGUUACCGUUGCAAAUCCUGCCUUUUUUUUUUUUUUUUGUUAUGCUUUUCUCUCGAGUUGGCCCUUGAUUGACUGACUGACUUAUUCUCAUGGAGUAGUGAGUCUGUCAUGUGAGCUUGAACUAUAAGAUGUCAUGCUUUUCUUUAUUUGGUAAUUUGGUGCCCCCCCCCCCAAAAGACUGUCCUUUCCAAAAAUGAUCUUAAUUUUUUUAUUUUUUACUUUUGAUGCAUUUCUGAACGUUUUCUUCAGGCUUGAACAUCAGCAGUGUUUUGUUUUUUUUUGUUUUUUUUUUGCUGUUCUACAUGUAUGGAAACAUUUAAAAAAAAAAAGACCUCCUCUUCCCAGCAUUCACUUUUAAGCGCCGUAGGUUCCAGGAUUUCUUUCAGCCUCUGACUGUAGUAGCCUUAAAUUCAUACAUUUAUUGUGGACUCGGUCACCCACCCUAUCCCCAACCUGUGUUCUCGAUAAAGAGUGGAGAUCGGAGUUAAAAGUUCACGGCUCUGUCCGCUAGCUGUGUGUUUCACAGAGAACUUUUUGGUUUUGAUUUCUCGAGGCGUGAAAUCGGUUCCUCUCUCCCGAAGCCCUUCUCUCAAACCUGGAGUUAUCCCUAAAGCUAGUCUACGCAUAGAUACAUUGGGUCUGGAGCAGUCACUUUCUCUCUCAGGGUUCAAAAUGCACACACACACAUACACACUCUCCAGGAGUCUGUAGGUCACUCCUCUCUGAAACCCCAGCAUCAAGAUCAUUCAGAACCGAACAUACUCCUGACGGUCCCCUUCAAGCUAAGCUGUGCCCCCCCCCCUUUUUUUCCUUAAUUUUUUGUUGCAUAUUUCUCGCACUGACAUCUAACAAUGAAAGAAUGAAUGUUUUAAUUGAACUGUGUGUAACUAUGAACUUGGGAAAUGUAUUUUUACAACAUGUGAACUUUUUAUUCCUUUCUUUCACCACCUUUCUUUUCUUUGUAAAUUUGACCCCCUUUCCCAUCACCAGACUGCAAAAACUACAAAAAGUAGAAAAAAAAAUACUCUUGUAACUAGGCUCUUAAGCUUUACUUUUGCUUUUGUUUUCUUUUUUUUAUAUUAGAAAACAAUCAUGUUUGUGAUGGUAACCUCUGAUGGUAAAUUCCACAAGGUAUUUUAAUAAAAUCCUAAAGAUUAA